CUGUCAGAAACUUUGUGUUUCCAGGAGUCUGAAGCCUGAACUUUGAUUUCAGGAGUGACCAUGGACCCGAGGAACACCCCAUCCUAAAUUCAGCAGAGGCCACGCCCAUCAUGGAUGAACUGGAUGUCGGGGAAGAUGGCAGGAAAGAAACACUGCUGCACCGACCUGGCUUCCCCGAGGCAGACACCGCUCUGUUAUACCCCCCUCCCCUGUCCCCGGACCCCAUCAGCCCGCUGACUCACCUGGGGACGCUGCCGUCCGGACACGAUGCAGCACGGACGGGUGGAUGGGACAGGAGACUGAACUCCGGGUUUCAAGGCUGUCAGUUACUGGGAGCAUCAGCAGAUCUAGGACGAGAAGCCCACGCAGACCAGAGUGUCACCAUCCUGCACGCCAAGGUCGCUCAGAAGUCCUACGGCAAUGAGAAAAGCGGCUGUUUGCAGAUGUUCGCUUGCGCCAAGUCGCUGUUCAUCUCUGAUCAGGACAAGAGGAAGCAUUUCUGCUUGCUGCUGCGCCUCUUCUUGGGCAACAGACAGGAAGUGGGUUCUUUCCAGAGCCGGAUGAUCAAAGUCAUCUCCAAACCCUCCCAGAAGAGACAGUCCAUGAAGAACGCUGAUCACGGGCAUCACAGAAACUUGACAUCCAGCCGUGCUCUCACAGAAUCUCACGUGACGCAAACCGAAAUCAUUUGUUUGGUUCAUUUUUGGGGCUUCCUGCUCCUUACACGUUUACAGCAGUCAGCAACUUUCGAAGUUUGUCUUCUCAUUUAUUUUCCAGACCACAGCUCUGACUUUCAUGUCCUUGUUUUUCCUCUCAGGUCUCCCAAAUCUCUGCUCUGCGUCGUUCCCGAUGUUUCAGUUUUCAGCGACGGCUGGCGCUGUCUGCGGCGCGUCAUCACCGUCCCUCUGUCUCUCGUCCGACUGGAUGGACUGAUUUAUCGCACCUCCUACAGUUUCACCUACACGCCUGAGCUCCAGCCGCCCCCGUCGGCCCGAAUCACAGCCGGAGGAGGGAAGAGAGAAGGAGGGAUGGGUGUAGGACAAGACGAUGACAUCCUGUUGGAGACCAUCCAUCAGGAGUUCACCAGAGCCAAUUUUCACCUCUUCAUGCAGAGUUAGUUCGUUUGUUCACAGGAAUCACAGAAAGUGUACAAAUAGCUGGUGUGACAUCAUAAUUACCUUCCUUCCAUCUGCUCUGCACAUUAAAAUUAAAGCGUUUUCUU